AUGAAACCAGUCGACUGGAAAAUCAAAACAAACUUUCCCGCGAAAUUUACAAGUGCAAAAUAUGAGGACAUCGAAAAGUUGAUCCAACCAAUGGAACACCCAAGCAGCAAGCUGCAAUCGGUUUUGCCUCUACAUAAAAUCUUCUAUUCAAAAGUUUCAUUCAAUGACAAAAACAAUCAAGACAUUUUUCCCACCAGUCACAUUCUUAUGAAAUUAUCAAAAAGCAAAACUGCGUCAAGAGAUUUGGUCCGACAUAUUUUUAAAGACCAAAAUAUGGAAAAUGAAAAUGAAAAAAAAAGAGCCAGGGAAACAGAUGGAGGAAUACAGGGACCUGUGUCUAAAAAAAGAUGUGUAAUUGAUGGUACGGAUGCUGCUACUUUAAAAACUGAACUUGCAACUGAGUUUGAUGGAUCUAAACUAAAACAAACUGAUGCAAUACCGAUGGUUAAGCAGGCAAAUCAGAAAGUUCCAGCCAAAAAUGAUUCUUCUCCUGCUAAAAGUAUUUUCUCUUCAAGUUUUGCUCAAGUUUUUAGCAUGGCGCACACAAUCAAGUUAGAGAAUCCUUCCCAUGAGUGCGGUGCUUCACAACCCUUCAUAGAAAGUGUAUCAGAUAGUAAACCAACCCAAAAGUUGAAAGCAAAACGCAAACAGAAACCAAACUUGCCAAGACGUCUACGAAAAUGCAUCCCACUUUGUUACAAUAUAUUAAAGAAGACAGACAACCGGAAACUAUUCAGCUGCCUUAGUUAUUACACUAAGUUUAUUUCUCCAUUUGAAAGAUCUUUUGCAAAGAAGAAUUUAAAUCUUCUGAUGGAAUUAUCUACGAAAGAACUCACAGAACAUAUUUCGAAGAUGUUACAACAUUACACACCAACUCAUCAGGUUUUCUUAUUUCUACGAUCAGCCAUAAAGAAAACGUUUCCCAUUCAUUUAAUUUGGGGAACAAAACACAACCGUUCAGUUUUCCUUAAAAACCUGGAAAGGUUUCUUUCCUGCCGUCGGUUUGAUAAAGUAACGGUUGCUGACUUUACCAGGGGUAUGGUGGUGGGUGACUUACCUUGGCUCAUGGGCAACGACACAAGUUAUAAUCUGUUAAGAUUUUUCCAAUGGAUGAUUGAAGAAUAUAUAUUUGUUGUUUUAAGCGGUUCCUUCUAUAUAACAGAAAACAGCAACUUCAAAAACAGAUUGUUCUUCUACCACAAGAAAAUGUGGGCGGAGAUAGUUGCGUACGGGGUUGCGUUGCUGUUAAAGCAAAACCGCUGGGCCGUUCCACCCAUUGCAGAUGAUACCAAACGUCCAUAUUUCUCCGUGAGGUUUUGUCCCAAAGUUAACGGGUUGCGACCGAUCAUGAGGUUGAGGAACGCCGACAAGAUGGCUGACAUGGUCCCAUUCGAAGUAAUUGCUUCUGUGUUGAAAUUGGUUUGUAGUAAAGUCCCCCAAGCCACCGGGUUUGCCACACAACAUCGUGCUCAUAUUUACAAUGGGUGGAAACAAUUUGUUCUUUCAUUGGCUGGGAUACCUGGACGAAAAAAAUUAUUCUUUGUGAAGAUGGAUAUUCACCGAUGUUUUGACAGCAUACCAGUUGUUAAGCUUAUACAGAUUGUUGAAAGUUUGCUUGACAGGAGUGGUGAAGUUGAUUUAACUUCGGCUACAAAGGGCAAGCUAAAUUGCAAAGUGAAGCACUGCACUCACUGUAUUCUCACCACUUUGAAGUAUUUUCUCAACAAAGUAACGUUAUCUGUCCUAUCUAAGAAAUUUGUGAAACUGCAUGGAAUACCGCAAGGUUGGGAAUUAUCCAACUUACUUUGCGACAUUUUCUACGGACAUAUGGAACAACAACAUUUAAUAAACGCACUGGGUCCAAUUGAUAACGAACCUCACCUAAUACUCAGGUACGUGGACGACUAUCUAUUUGUUACAACAAGCAGAGAUAAAGCCAUUGCAUUUCUUAAGUUGAUGCACAGCGAUGAUUUCAAGGAAUAUGGAUUCAUCGUAAACACCAAGAAAACUUGCACCAACUUUGCCUCAUAUUGUUCUCAGCAAUUGGAAGACCUACAAGAGCAAGAUACUUUUCCAUGGUUUGGAUAUUUAUUCCCUGCCUGUUUAAACAUGGGGAGGAAACAACUGAAACAAACAGGAACGCACAACUUUGGGGGUGUUUCAGUUGAUUUAUCUGCCUACCAAUCCACAAAACGCAUCAGGGAUUUUAUAUCCGUACAAUCGCCAGGAACUUAUAAUUAUUUCCAACAAAUCCGGAGGAAUUUAACUCGUCGUGUCACUGAGAUAUGUUUUGAUCCACAGAUAAACGGUAAAAUGAGAAUAUAUCGGAAUCUGUAUGAACUUGCCAUGCUGGGUUCAAUACAGAUGGUUGCUCAUCAAGUGCAUGAGGGCCAACCAUGGUUGAUUGGGAAUCCAUGGCAUUUUAGAAGCAAUAUUAAACAGGUGGCGAAUGCAGUAUUAGCGAGAAUUCAGAGGGUUUUUAAAAGUAAACACUUUCUCACAAGACCAUUAGUCAGAUGGUUGUUCUACAAAGCUUUCAAAACUAAAAUGAAACAACAUUCUAAUCAUAAAGCUGCCUUGCCCGUUCUACAAACGGGCAUCAACCAGUGUGUCCACCAAUUAUGUGAGGUUGGGGAAUGGGACAAUGUUCGUCCUUAUCUACAAAGGGCAGUUGGAAUGUUCCCGGUUCAUUAUCGUAAAGUAAACUGUGGGUCAUAAAACAAAGCCCUGCAUUAUAAUUCAAUCUAUCACGGGCUCCGUAGGCGCCAAACCUGGGGUGGCAGGGUGGGCAGGCCUUCUCUGGUAUAGUGGUUUUUAUUUGUGGUUAUUGGUCCGACUAUAGCGUAGUCAUGAAAGCAGACCAACCCCAGAACUAUUCCUGCCUCCUUUACUUUCAUUGGGAGCAUGGCACCAAUGUUUAUGAAACACAGGCAAAUAGUAUGCAACAGUUCUGUCUUUAUAAUAACUUGAACAAAAACCAAACCUUGAAAAUGUUUCACGAAUAAUAAAGUGUUCUUAUACACCAUGCACAAGGCAUAACAUUGUUAACUAUACUACAAACAUCACUUUAAUCACAAACAAUACAUCAAUGCAAACAUGG